AUGGUAUACAAAUAUGCAUAUACAUUAUGGACAAUAUGCCUGUGUGCGGACGAGCCCUUCUGUCGCAUCUGCCAUGAGGGCAGCGGCGUGGAGGAGCUGCUGUCGCCGUGCGAGUGCUCGGGCUCGCUGGCCAUGGUGCACCGGGCCUGUCUGGAGCGCUGGCUCACCGCCUCCAACACCAGCCGCUGUGAGCUCUGUCACUUUCAGUUUGCCUUGGAACGCCUGCCAAAACCACUCACUGAGUGGUUUGCCACCCCCUCCAUGCAGCACCAGAGGAGAACUCUGUGCGGAGACGCCAUCUGCUUCCUCUUCAUCACGCCUCUGGCCAGCCUGUCCGGCUGGCUGUGCGUCCAGGGCGCUAUGGACCUCUACUACAGCAACAGCAUGGAGGCCAUGGGGCUCAUCGCACUCACCCUGGCCCUCUUCACCAUAUACCUCUUCUGGACUGUGGUGUCCCUGCGGUAUCACAUUCACCUCUUCAGGACGUGGAAGGAGACCAAUCAGAGAGUGCGUCUGCAGAUCCCCAUGCCGCCACAGACACAGGCCAAGCAGCAGGCCCUCUCCUUCUUCUUCCUCAGUAAGGACACCAGUAAGGAGACCGUGGUCUGACCGAGGACGACUGCUAACGAUGGACCGAACUUUUAUAUUGCGUGUUUUGAACACA